CACUGUGGAUGCUGACGUCACGGGCAUAUGAUGUCGGCACCGGAGAACCGGGAUGCGGCGCUCGGGUUGCGGGUGACUCUCACAAAGCGGGAGCCGUCAGUUAGGGUGGCUCACCCGGUGAGCGGGGUAGAGCCAGUGGUUUGGUCGGAGGACCACCGGGUGUCGGUUUGUAACAGCGGCGGGGUGUCAGUGCUGGAGGUGCUAUGUGACCACCGGAUUAGCGGCCCUGAUCUUAUCCUGCACCGCUCCUGUGUGCCCAUCGGCUCCCGAGCCUGCAGUCUGAAGGUUGGUUCACCAAAAGAAGUCCAUGAAUGUAGAAAUAAAUUUGCCAGUUAUAAAAAUCCUCUGCAUAGCCAGUCAUUUAAGCUGGAUCGGACUUUCAAUCCUGAAGGAAAAUUACUGACUCAAAUGAAAGGAUUUAAAUAUGCCAGCUGGUCUCCUUGUGGCUGUGACGUGAAUGGUCGAUGUCUCCUGGCUGUGCUUAGCUUGGACAAUAGACUGACCGUACAAACAAACACCAACAGAGUGCAAUGGAAACAGUUGGCUGAUUUAACAGAACUCUAUGGGCAGCGUUUGUCCGAGGCCAAUUACAGAAUGAACAAUAGCGAUACUGCACAGGUGGGUUUGGAAGACUUUGCAGAGUUUAGGAGACGCCAUAGCAUGCAGGUCCCAGUGAGAAUGGAGUGGUCCGGAAUCUGCACCACUCGAGAAGUAAUGGAGAAUAAUGAGUGCAAGGACAUCAGUACAGUGCUUUUGGCAGUGCUAUUUGAGAACGGCGACAUUGCAGUGUGGAACUUCCAGAUCCCUUUCCUGGGCAGUGAGUCUGUAGUUUCCUGCAACACCAUUGAAUCCGGGGUCACUUCUCCCAGUGUAUUGUCGUGGUGGGAAUAUCAGCAUAGUAAUCGUAAAAUAAGCGGACUGCUUGUAGGAAGUAGUCUGGGUCCUGUCAAAAUCGUCCCAGUGAACUUAAAGGCAGUGAAAGGUUACUUCACCCUGCGGGAACCUGUGAUACUUUGGCAGGAGGCUGACCAGUUGCCUGUCCAUAGCAUCAGAACCCUAGCACUUUAUCACCCGUACCAGAAGUGUAAUUGUAGCCUUGUUGUAGCUGCUCGAGGGGCGUAUGUUUUUUGGUGUUUGCUACUCAUAUCCAAAGCAGGCCUUAACGUUCAUAAUUCUCAUGUGACUGGGCUUCACUCCUUACCGAUAAUAUCCAUGUCCACUGAUAAACAAAAUGGAAGCAUUUAUACAUGCUCCGCAGAUGGGAAGCUUAGACAUCUAACACCUGUUUUCACAGAUGUUGCUGUGAAGUUUGAGCACCAGCUCAUUAAGCUGUCAGACUUUUUUGGACCUGUGAAGUGUCAUGGCAUUGCUGUGAGCCCUUAUGGAGCCUACCUUGUUUGCGUCACGUCUGAAGGAAUGAGCAAUGGAAUUCACCCAGUAAACAAAACCUACCAAGUUCAUUUUGCAGCUCUGAAAUCUUUUGAGGAGGCAGCAGCCCAACUUCUGGAAUGUUCUACCCAAAACCUUUUCCGACAGACCGAUUUAGCAGACCUUCUACGUUGGAAGAUACUGAGAGAUAAGCUGAUUCCUCAGUUUUUACUAGAUGCUUUGGACAAAAAGCUAGCUGGUGGCUCUAUGUACUUUUGGCGUUUACAUCUCUUUCUAAUGAGAAUCUGGUACCAGGCUCUGAAGAAGGCCUCCUCUGAAAUACCAUGGAAGCCGCCCCAGAAAGAGCCAAAGAUUACAAAUGAUGAUGGUCCUCCUCCAAUGAGUGAUGAACCAACAGAUCAGAAUGACAAUGAAAGUUCCCCUAAGGAGAUUAAGCUAAGUGAACCUUCUAUAGAUACUACAGAGGUGGACAAGGCUUCUCCAUCUGAUGAUGGUCUCCUAGAGGUACAAAAGAAAAUUGAACAUCUUGAGAAGCGCUUAACGAGGGAACACAUGAAGCGUGUGUUAGGGGAAGUCUACUUGCACACUUACAUCACUGAGAACACCAGCAUCCCCACUCGCGGCAUCUGUGACUUCCUGUUGGCAGAUAAAGACUGCGAAGACCGCGCAGCACAGGUCCUUAUCGGCCAUAUUGAGCAUAAGAUGAACAAACAGACAUUUCCUGAGCACUGCACGUUGUGUAAAGAGGCUCUGCCCUUCAGUGACUGCAGGCGGACUGUUUGUGCCAAUGGCCAUGUGUGGUUUAGAUGCUUCCUGACAUUCCGGGCCUGCCAGAACCUGAUGUACAGGCGCUGCGUGCUACAUGACAGUAUUGCGCGGUACCCGGCCCCUGACGAUCCAGACUGGAUAAAACGACUGCUACAGGGCUGCUGCAUAUUGUGUGACUCUCCGGUACUCUAGCACAUGCUGUGCGCCCCUGAAGUAAGAUGUAUAAGGGUCAGACUAUCCUGUAACCAUCACACACUGGGAGAACAUUUACAUCUGGUUAUUUUUAUACACAUGGCGGUGCAGGGUGUGUAAUAAGCACCAGUCACUGUGCCCCCCGGUACUACCUGCAUUGCUUUAUGUAAAUAUUCCUGUUUGUAUAUGUAUGUAAAUACUGUCAGCCUUGUUAUUUUCUUAUGCAGAUUUAAAUAAAGAGAUUUGUUACGUG